ACUGACUAACCAGAUGUGCUUACUCACUAGGGGUUCCCAGAGGCAAACAAAUCUCAGCCCAGUACGACACAUGACUCCUCAGGGCACACCUGCCCGGAAGGCGUCCCCUACGCCAUCCAGCGGAAACCACAUCCUUCGAAGGCUGGGCGGAGGCUGGGCGGAGGCCGAGCGAGGCAGCCAAACUUGGGCGCGGAUCUGGCACGCAGUGUCCUAGGUGAUCCCAGAGUGCGCUCUAGCCUUGAGCGCCCGCGCCCACCCCUACAUCCCCGGGGGCGGGCCCAACUCGCCAGGUGCCGGCUCCCGCGGCCGGCUCCGCCCCCGCUCCCGCGCGGAGUGCGCCUGCCUGGUGGGAGCCGCGCCCCCUCCCCCGGGGAGGCUGGACUCUACUGGCCCCUCGGUCAUGCUCCCCUCUGGACCGGCCUCCCACCGGCGCUGGGGGCGGGGCUGGAGGCGGGCCGAGGCGGUGAGGCGGGGCUCGCACCAGUGCCCGGAGCUCCGCUGCAGCUUCACCGGCAGGUCUCGUGGCGGGCGGGCGGCUCGGUCGCUUCCUUAGGUCCCAUGGCAGCCCUCAGCACCCCCGCUGAAUGCGGCUACAUCCGGACGGUCCUGGGUCAGCAGAUCCUGGGGCAGCUGGACAGCUCCAGCCUGGCUCUGCCCUCCGAGGCCAAGCUGAAGCUGACGGGGAGCAGUGGCCGCACCGGCCAGGCGGCGAAGAGCAUGCGGAUCCAGGAACAGGUGCAGCAGACCCUGGCCCGGAAGGGCCGCAGCUUCGUGGGCAAUGGAAGCCUUCACCGAACCAGCAGUGUUCCUGAGUAUGUCUACAACCUACACCUGGUUGAAAAUGACUUUGCUGUUGGGUGUUCCCCUGUUACCAAAACCUAUGACAUGCUAAAGUCAGGCGUAACCUCGGCUUAUGAAGGUCACUGGGGGAGAGGAACUACGCAGUACAAUUCACAGAGGUCGGUGGAAGAAAGAUUCUUGAGGCAGCCUCUGAGGAGACUGGAGAUUUCUCCAGACAGCAGCCCUGAGAGGGCUCAUUACUCCCUCAGCAACCACCAGUACAGCCAGAGAAGCCAUGCCGGCCACACGCUGCGGCACGAAGACAGCAGGAGAUCCACCCUCCUUAUGCCCCCAAGAUAUGCACGCUCAGAAAUUGUGGGUUUCACCUCCCGGCCGGUGAGCAGGCAGCGCUACUAUGACACUUACCACAGACAGUUCCAGUAUGGGUCUGUUAACGACACCGUGUUUGACAGUGCCCCUCCCAACCCAGUGGUGCUCACGUAUCCCAGGCCUCGGACCAGUCACAGCCUGAGCAACCUCUUGGAGAAGGAGAACUACAUGGCUUCAGGGCUUGCCCCUGGGCAGGGCAGGCUGCUGGUGCCUCUGCAGCCCAUCACUCAGAACAGGAGCGCUCGGUCCUCCUGGCAUCAGAGCUCCUUCCACAGCACCCGCACAGUGCGGGAAGCCGGGCCCAGUGUCACUGUAGAUGCAGGCGGAAGGAGGACGCACAUGACCGUUGGCCAGGUGGCAGCCGGAGGAGGUGGGACCAUGCACAGUGAGAGAGCCACUUACAGCGACUCCCAACUCAGGAAUGCAGACAUGGAGAUGACUCUGGAGCGGGCAGUGAGCAUGCUUGAUGCAGACCACACACCACCUGCCAGGAUUUCUGUGGCAGCCACCUUCAUACAGCACGAGUGCUUCCAGAAAUCUGAAGCGCGGAAAAGGGUCAAUCAGCUUCAUGGCAUCCCGAAGCUUCUGCAGCUCCUAAAAGUUCAGAAUGAAGAUGUUCAGAGAGCCGUGUGUGGGGCCCUGAGAAACCUGGUGUUUGAAGACAAUGACAACAAAGUGGAGGUAGCUGAGCUCAACGGGGUACCUCGGCUGCUGCAGGUGCUGAAGCAAACCAGAGACCUGGAGACUAAGAAACAAAUAACAGGUUUGCUGUGGAACUUGUCCUCCAGUGACAAACUCAAGAAUCUCAUGAUAACAGAAGCCUUGCUUAUCCUGACUGAAAACAUCAUCAUCCCCUAUUCGGGGUGGCCAGAGGGAGACUACCCCAAAGCAAACGGUGUGCUGGAUUUUGACAUAUUCUACAAUGUCACGGGAUGCCUAAGAAAUAUGAGUUCAGCUGGCCCCGACGGGAGGAAGGUGAUGAGAAGCUGUGAUGGACUCAUUGACUCACUGGUCCAUUAUGUCCGAGGAACCAUUGCAGAUUACCAGCCAGAUGACAAGGCCACAGAAAACUGUGUGUGUAUUCUCCAUAACCUCUCCUACCAGCUGGAGGCAGAGCUCCCAGAGAAAUAUUCUCAGACUGUCUAUAUUCAAAACCGGAAUAUCCAGACUGACAACAACAAAAGUAUUGGGUGUUUUGGCAAUCGAAGCAGGAAAGUUAAAGAGUACCAGGACAUGCCUCUGCCCGAGGAGAAGAGCAACCCCAGGGGCGUGGAGUGGCUGUGGCACUCCAUCGUGGUACGGAUGUACCUCUCCUUGAUCGCCAAGAGCGUCCGCAGCUACACCCAGGAAGCAUCUCUGGGAGCGCUCCAGAAUCUCACGGCCGGAAAUGGACCGAUGCCGAUGUCUGUAGCCCAGGCAGUGGUCCAGAAGGAAAACGGCCUUCAGCACGCCCGGAAGAUGCUGCAUGUUGGUGAUGCAAGUGUGAGAAAGACUGCAGUCUCCCUGCUGAGGAAUUUGUCUCGGAAUCUUUCCCUGCGCAAUGAAAUUGCCAAAGAAACUCUACCUGAUUUGGUUUCCAUAAUUCCUGACACAGUUCCAACUACUGAUGUUCUCAUUGAAACUACAGCCUCUGCCUGUUACACAUUGAACAACAUAAUCCAGACGAAUUACCAGAAUGCCCGGGAUCUUCUGAACAGCGGGGGCCUGCACAAAAUUAUGGCCAUCAGCGCAGACGAUAGCUAUGGCUCCAACAAAGCAAGUAAAGCGGCUUCUGUUCUCUUAUAUUCUCUGUGGACGCACACGGAGCUCCAUAAUGCCUACAAGAAGGCUCAGUUUAAGAAGACAGAUUUCGUCAACAGCCGGACUUCCAAAGCCUACCACUCCGUUAAAGACUGAGGCAAGUGAAGCAGUGCUCUCAGAAAUACCAACCUUACCAUUCAUUCUCAGCCGCAAAAAACCCCAAAGGAAAACACCUAUUUUUCUACUUCCCAGUUCAAGAAACCUCAAGAACAGUAUGUCCUGUUUUUAUCCUUUUCUAUUCCCAUGGUCCCCCGAAUCCAGACAACAAAUAAUCAGAAUAUGAUUUUGGAAGCUUCCAGAAGAUUUUCACAAGUGUGCCACCAGAAGAUCCUGGCAGCAGGCUGUCUACUGCCCACACACAGUGGUCUUUGUGAUCCGGGCUCGCAGUGCACGGCCUCCUGGAACCGAAAUGGGACUUCCUGUGGAAUGGACAUUAACAGACUAAAUAAGGAAAGAAGCUAUUAUAAUAUUACAGUUUUUUAAAAGUUUAAUAUACAUUUGUAUUUUCUGGUUCCUGUGUUUUGUCCCUCAUACGCACAUUGCAUCACCGCUGAGGUGUGAGCAUAUGGUUCUGCAGUGUUGAAACAGAAUGGAAAUGAGACAUAUUGCCUAAGUUACCCAGGAGCAAAUUUAAUGACGAAACUGUUUGUUUGGAUUUUUUACUUUGUGCUUGUUUUUAUCCUCUUGAAAUUUUUCUCUAAUUUUAAAUGAACUUAUGUUUAGAUCACAGAACAUGCCUGAGUGUAAGAAAAGGAAUUGAAAGGUAGCAAUAGUAACAGAUUUAAAUUCUUCCCACAAAGAAGGCAACAAUGGCUAUGAAAUGUAAUGUUUCCCCUAACUACUGAGUUAAUGAUGUUUUUGCCCAAGGAAAUACUUUACCUAUACUAACAGCAUUAAAUGCAAAUCUCUUCAGAACAGUGGCAUUCAGUGUCAUUUGAUUCCUGGGUCUUUUCAGCCACGCAGUGGGCUGCUGAAAGAACAGACUCUAUAUUUAGCUACCAAUGGAACCAGGGCCUCUCACACAGCUGGGCCAGCCCGGGGCUCCCAAAGCACCCUGCGUUUUAGUGAGUUACGUUAUCAGCCGGCCCAACUUUGCCUCACAUUUAAAAAAUAGCACAGAGCCACAGUCUCAUGUGACUUUUGUCCAGCUAUUAUUUUAAGCCCAGAAAACUCUACAGAAGAAACACGAAGAAGUCGCUUUGAGAAGAAAUGUGUCUCAGCCACCCAGAAGAAAUAGGAGACGUACUAAUGUUACUCCUCUCAACUACAGUUCUGUUAUACUUUGCUUCUUUAAAAAAAAAUUGACAAUGUUUGUUAAAAGAAAAUACAAUAAGAAGGAAAAAAUUCUUCAUUUUGGCAGAAAAGUGUAGUAGAAAAUAAACUUCCAUUUCCAAUUUGAAUGUAAGUCUUUAUUAUACAUUUAGAACUUGAAUUUUUUUUCAAUUUUAGCUGCUCAAUGAAGAAGACUGAAGUCACUAACCUAGUUUAAAUUGAACUUAUUUAGAUACCAAUUUUUAAAAUACUAAAGAGAGAAAUUCUCCUUUUCCAGAAUUUUGACAAGAAGCAUUUGGAAUAUCUUUCUUCCUCCAGAUAAUUGAUAUAUGUUUAAGAAGUUACUGUAUUUUUCAAGGCACUAGUGGAGGCGUCAAUAAAGUUCAAUAUAAAAUGAGGCAAAAA